AUGGAUCCUAGCAAUCCAGCUAGCUUCAACCACAGAAACGAGCGGCUUUCAACUGGUCGCACGUACCACUUCGUUGACCAACUUCCAGAAACAUUUCAUUCUCAAACUACGACACUUCUCUGUAUACACGGUUUCCCCGACCUUUGGUACAGCUGGAGAUACCAGGUGAAACCCUGGGUGCAAAUGGGCUUUCGUGUGGUCGCUCCAACGAUGUUAGGCUAUGGGGAUACCGACAAGCCAGUCGAUCCUUCCGAAUAUACGACAAAGAAGCUGUGCGCAGAUCUCAUAGCUUUACUGGAUCUUCUCGGUGUCGAGAGAGCCGUUGUUAUUGGCCAUGACUGGGGAUCCUUCAUUGCCAGCCGAAUGGCCCUAUGGCAUCCCAAUAGACUGCUUUCACUGGUCCUAAUGUCCAUCCCAUACACUCCUCCGCUGCGGCAAUAUAUCACCAUUCAAGAGUUCGCGCGUCGUCUCCCUAAUAUGAAAUAUCAGGUCUAUUUCAACGACCCGAACUUCACGCCAGAGGUUGAAGCGGCACUGCUGCCCUUCUUAAGCGCGGUGUUUCUUCCGCCGGGAAGCGACAUCAACUUUACAGAUGUUUCCUUGUGGCCAAAGAUACUUGGUGAAGGACACCUACCUAGUUCGCCGUCUGUUCUGACUCCAGAGGAACUGAACUAUUAUUAUACAGAACUCAAGAAAGGAAUGACGGGACCUCUCAAUUAUUAUCGGACGUCUCAAUAUCGAUUUGACGAAGAAAGAGGCAUCAUUCUCACUCUAACUUCAAUUUUCAUCCUAGUGGCAGACCUUCCGUCGGUUCUUCCGAGCGAUUUAUCAGUUUUGUUUCUCUGGGGCACGAGCGACCCGGCUGCCAUGCCGGCCCAGGUCAGCAACGCUCGCAAGUUUGUCCCGCGAUUACAAGACGUCGCGUUGGAAGGACGAGGGCACUGGAUAAUGGUGGAAGCAAAGGAUGAGGUCACCAGGACGAUUAGUAGCUGGCUGGGCGACUUAGGUCUCCUCAGCCCUCAGAAACCGAAGCUAUGA